AGAUAUCACAUCACAACCUUUCCAGAAUAUAAAUACAUUGUCGAAGUAUUCUUAAUAUGUUAAAGGAAAAAAGUCUGUCAUACAACUUCUUUAUAUACUUGAAAUUGAAAUAUUAAAGAAUGAAGAUUUUUGUGCUUGUUACAAGUCUGCUAAUUUUUACGCAGAUUAUUCACGCAGCAGUUGAUUAUAAAUUUAUAAGAACUAUACGUGACCAUAUAAAGGAAUGUGUAAAAACAUUACCAAAAUGCAAAGAUCAACCGACGGAUCCGUUAAUAAGAGCCGAUGUAUGGUAUUGUGCAUUAUCGAAAUAUGGCAUGGAUUAUAAGAACCCAGAUGAAGUGAAGAAAACUUAUUUACAAAAUUGUCGCAAAGCUUCCGUAAAUCCUGUUGAUACAAAAUAUUGCGAAAAAAGUGUUCAUGAAUGCAUGGAGAAAGCAAAACAAACCCCGGGAUUCGACAAACAGAAAAACAUAGAUAUAAUAGCAUGUACUCUAAGAAGAGGUAUAAUAGAGAAAUCAGAGUUAGCCAAAGAAAAAUUCACAUAAGGAAAGAUUUGUCGAAAAUACUAAUAUGCUAUUAUUACUAAUUCAAAAACUAUAUUUUACACUAAUUCUAUAUAACCUAAAUAAUUAUCUACUUUGUUGUAAUUUCGUGUUAUCUUUGUAAUUAUUAAUGUUAAAUUACAAUUCAUAUGUUAUAUCAACAAUAAAAUAUUGGGUUUUAUGAUAAUUUUA